UUCUGCAACGACGGACGCAAAGAAGUUUAACUUAAAUUUGUCGCAUUAUUUUUUGUAUUCCCACAUAGAAAAAGAAAAUCUUCUUUUGCCUUCGCGCGGUCGCGGUGUGUAAAUUUUGUAUAAUAUUUUUUGUGUGUGACUUACGAUAAAGAAGGAAGCAUAAAUCAUCAUGUCGUCGUCGAUGAAACGAGAAGUUCGCAGAGAAGAAUAUUCAACAAAUGUGAUUCGUACCCUUCAACCAUCACGUCCAUUGUCACCAUACUCACAAAAAUCUGAUUUUGAUAAUAAUUUGGAUAAUAUUCUUGACGACUUACAGCACAGCAUAUCGCGUCCAGGUAGUUCAUUAGGUCAGCCAAAUUAUUCUAGUCAGCGCGAUGUUCAAUAUAUCCAGCCAGCAAAUGCAACAACUGUCUUAAGGGAGCGAUCAUUAAGUCCUAAUUCAAAUUCAAAUCGAAUGUACAAAACUACAAAGUACGAAUAUUCAACAUCGGCUGGCGGCAACGGACAGAACAACAGCUACACAGACAGAGGAAAUAUCAAUGAAAUAAACAAACUUGAUACGCUUUUGAAUGAUCUUGAAAAUGAACGCACCGCAACACUCGAACGAUCCAAACGAAGCACUUCCAACAAUAUUGGCAUUGAUUCAGGUUUAAUUGAACCAGGCACGAAGGUUGUAAAAACAACAACAACAUACACAUCAAAGAAUCCAGUAUCACGUGAAUUAGUCUUUGAAACACCAGAUCGAGUCGUUCGUCAUCAAAGUCCACCUUAUGAUACUCGUACAGUUGAAACAUCACAAAGACGAAAUGUUACUUAUACUGAUGAUGGUCUUUAUGGCAAACCACGCAGAACUGUUUCACCAACGCCACCGGCAAGUGGGGCUACUCAAUAUCAUGUAACUGAAACAAGAACUCGUACACUUUCGCCCACACCAGUUAAUACAGGAAAUGUUGAAAAAUAUGUAACCGAGACACGUACGGUUAACAAUGAAGUGGUUCCAAUUCCGAAAAGCACAAAUUACAACGAACUUGUACGUGUUGAAAAUUCAUCAGGACCGGAAGUUUUGCGAGAAUUGCAUUUAUCGAAUGAUAUUAUGCCACGACCUAAAACAAAGGUCACAACAACAAUUCGUACUUACACUUAUGAGAUACCAGACGAUGAGAAUUCAGCAUUACUUCAUCCUGAUCGUGAUCCACCCAAAAAUAAUGCAAUGUUUUAUAAAACGGAAAGGAAUGAAAAGAAUGUCAAUUACUAUCCAAGUGAAACAUCACCAUUGACAAUCCAGGAGGUGCAAGUAAUUCCUCCACCUCAAAAUACAACAACUGUCUAUAAAUAUUCAACAAAUACUACAAACACAUCGCAUCAAUCACCACAACCAAUUUCAUCUGUGCCAGCUAAUAUUCCACCAAGUGGACCUAAUUAUCCUCAAAAUGGACCUAAUUAUCCUCCAAAUGGCAACUAUCCACAAACUGGAACUUAUCCACCAGCUGGAUAUCCACCAUCAAAUCAGACAAUCAUUUAUAAAACGGAAACAACAACAAAUAAGUAUGGCUCACCACAACCAAUUAAUAAUUAUCCUGAUGCUGGAUAUCCUCAACCAGUUGUCACAUCAACACCAGCUGGAAAUAUUCCACCAGGUGGAAUCACCAUCUAUCCACCAUCCACAAAUCAAACGACAAUUUAUAAAACAGAAACGACUACAAAUAAGCAAUAUAGAUCACCAACACCAAGCAAUAAUUAUCCAGUUGAUCCUUAUCCAGUUGGAUAUCCUCCAAAUCAAAGUCUUCCACCACCACAUAAUCAUCCACAUCAUCAUCAUCCUAAUGAGCCAUCUGUUGUUGUUUAUAAACAAACUACAACAACAACACGUGGUGGUCCACAGCCACCACAAUCACGUGAACCGGGUCUUCAUCCUUUCCCAGUCGAUGGACCGAUUAUAACUGAAGUUGACGGAAGUCCACCGAAACGUGUUGAAGAUUUAAUGGCAUCAUUUGGUGAUACAAGUGAAAUUCAUUAUACAAAUAAGAAGGUUCAGAUUGCUGAGAAGCCAUUGACACCGACUACACACAAUUUGAGUACGACAACAACAAAGGUUUACUCAUCAGACACGACGGACGAUAAGGAUAAAAAUAAAUCUGUUGUACCAUCGAGAAACGUUGCUGGACCACCUGUUUAUUAUCCACCAAAUCAUGAAUUAUUUACAUCAAAGGAAUCAUCACAAGCUGCUGGAUAUAGAGCACAGGGCGGAUGGGCUAGAGAGAAAGGUGCUUACAAAUAUGAGUCAGAGAGUCGUUCAAAGAGCACAACUAAAUCUGGGGCAGCGGUCGUUCCACUAUGUUGUCCAUUAUGCUGUGCCAUGCCAUGCACUAUUAUGUGAAAAAAUUAUGCAAGCUUUUUUUUAUUAAUGUACGAUAAUUUUUCCUCUUUAAAGUUUUUAAUUUGUUAUACCUUUUUAUUUACACAAGAUAAAAAAUUAUAUUACCAACUUACAAGAUACAUGAUACUUACAGUUGAAUCUCUAACAACUUUUACUUAAGAAAUAAAACAGAAGUAAAUUGCUUAAAUUAUUUGAAUGAUAAGGAAUAUUAUCGCAGAUGGAGGAGUGGAGCUUGCAGAUUAUUAUGUCUUGAGAUUAGUAUUUGGAAGCUUUAAUUGAAAGAUUUGAUUUGUUAGACAACUAGGAACAUAUUAGUAACUAGUUGAGAUUAUGACAACAUAUUUCAAGAUCAGACAAUGAAUUUUGAAAGGGAUUCGAACUCUUGACAUAAGGAUUUUUAUAUAAACCCAUACAACUGAGCUAUCAGCGGUUAUUUGCUAACCAUGGUAAAAUCGCCUAGAUAUUAUCAAAAAAGUUAAUCAUUUCAUUUAAAAAUCAUAAAUAACUAAGACUUCUGCAGCUCCUACCUCCGUCAAAAAUUAAAUUUCCGAGUAGCAUACUGUAGUCGAUAGAACAAUGAAAAAUCUCGAAAAAUGUCACAGACGGUAGUGUGCAGCUCGGGAUAAACUAUCAAAAAUCAUUUCUUCAAACUAGUUGCUUAUAAUAUGUAAUUAAAAUAACAAAAUAUAUUUUUGAUAAUAGCAAUUUUAUAAAUUUAUAAACUAUUUUCAAUUAGAAUUUUAAAUUGAAGCUUCUUGGCUUGGAAAUUAUAGCCAGAUUCUGAACAGAAAAUUGGACUUAAAGCUUUGAACAGAUGCAAAUCUUCAAGACUUCAAACUGUUCCUGAUUAUACCUUUGACUCUGUUGAAAUGAUUUCAAAAAAUUACUUAAUUCAUACCUUGUCCAUCACCUUUCUGUCCACAAAAAUUUUCAAACUCAUUAGUCAUGUCUGAAAAAUCUGGCUAGAGAUGCCAAGCAAGAAGUAAGAUACUAAACAGAUAUAAACAAUACCCAUCAGUAUCAUCAUUUUGUUCAUGAUUCAGUAAACAGAAAUUUUGCUCAUACUUAAUGAAGUAUGACUAACAAAUGAACAAAGAUAGCUGAAACAGAUGAAAAACAUUAAAUUGAAGAUGAAAGUGAUUUGUGCUUAUUCAUUUUGGUGUCUAAUACAAUUAUUUUGAAGAAAUUAAAUUAAGAUGAUGAUUUACAUUUUGUAACUUUGGACAGUUCAUUUGUCAGAGGAUUUAAAGUUUUCUUCAAUUGUUGAUCAGGCAUGAUUCGAACCAGAAGAAUUCAAGAUUCGCCCCUUUCAUCAAGAUAUCAAAAUUUUAAUAAUCAAGCAUCAAAAUUAGCUCAUCGCUUUCAUAAUUUUAAUUUUUUUUAACCAAUUACGUCAACUCUUUUGAAAUGCCUUAAAUUGAUCAUAAAUUGUAAAAGUUGACACCCUUAGAUGUUAACAAAAAUCAAGUCAGUUAAUUUUUUUAAUUUAUUUUCCACUAAGAAUUUUUUUGUUUUCUUUCUCUGUCCACAAAAUUGUCUGUAUGAUUAAAAUGAAUAUAUUGUAAAC